AGAAACCGUUUCCAUUCGUGCCUCGUCUCUCCCGACUCACCUCCAUCCCCGUCUUCCCGAGCGCCUCCUCGACGGCAUGUCGACUAGGGUUCGCUAGCGCCGCUCCCUCCAUCGGCCCCCCUCCUCCGACCCCGUAUCCCUUCGAUUCCCAACCCCGUUCGUCCCUGUUCUCCCUCAACGCUCUUCUCCGACUAUAACCCUAUAAUCGCCAGCUGCUAGGUCCGCCGCUACCCCUGGUUGCCGCCGCCGGUGGGUUCUACGGAGGAAAACGGGAUUCCGCCGGCUUCCUCUGCCAGCUGACGCCUUCGAUUUCCCGAUCCGGCCGACCGGAACCUCGUUCCUCCGCUCCGCUAGUCUUAAGGUCGGCGACCUGUGCUCCCCGCCGUCUUUGGCUAUCUCCUCCGACACUCCAAGCGAAGUCCGGUCUCCCCGUCCGUUCCGGCAUCCUUCCUUCCUCCCAGCCGCCAGCAACGGUAGCUACCUCUCAUCUAAGCCACAAGCAUCGACAGCUGCCUCCUCAUCUCGCUACUCCGACGAGGCGUUCCCCAGUUCACGAGGGCAAUUUUCCUCACUGGAAAGGAAGGACACUUGUGAGCCAGAACAUUUCAUAAAUCUUAAUAAAGGACAUGCGAUUAAGGAAUGCAGAUCGGGCGGCACGUAGCUCAGACCGUCACAAUAAUGUUGUUUCAUGGAUCUCUGAGAUUAAAGCUACAUCUAAUGUGGCUGUAAGGAAGAAAAGGGGGAAAAGAGCACCUCCAUCUUCUAAAAGAUUGCGUGAUAAAAAGGUGGAUAAAGAGAUUGACAGUGAUGAUGCAAACAAUGACAUUGAUGGUACAGAUGGACAGAUUGGUAAAAAUCAGUCUGAUGUGCACAGUGAGGAGUGUGUGGAUGGGACAACUAGUGAUGGCUUACAGAAGGCAGGUCAGUCAGGUAAUUCUGAUGGUCCAACCUUGGCUUCAGGAGAACAAGUACAUUCAACAGACUCUAAAGACAUCCUCCAAAAGAAGAGUAGCUCUCAAACCACAAAGAAGGUUUCUCGAAGCUCAACAAGAAGCAGGCAAGGUGCAUCUCAUUUGGAACAGGAAGGUGCAGAUGAAGAUGAUUCUCAUGGACAAGCGGCUGUUGUGAAUAAGGAUGUUGAUGACAAAAGAAGCUCUCACGAAAUCAAGGAUGAUCAGGUAUCUGAUACACAGGUGAAUACCACAUCCUCUGAUGAUAAAAGUUCAGAAGUUGAAGAUGUGAAGGUGUGUGACAUUUGUGGAGAUGUUGGUGAGGAGGAGAAGCUUGCAGUGUGUAGCAGAUGCAAUGACGGCGCAGAGCAUACGUAUUGUAUGCGGGUAAUGAUGGAAGAUGUUCCAGAGAGUGAGUGGUUGUGUGAGGACUGCCAAACUGCGGUAGAAUCUGAAAAGAAGAAACUAGAAAAAUCUGAGGUGAAGGUUGGCACUUCAAAAGGGCAGUCCUUUGAAGGGGAAAUGAACAAACCUGCCAUUGCUGCAAAGAGCAGAAGUUCUUCCGACACUGAAUUGGAGGCUGAAAAUGUAGGCAACAAAGAGUCCGAUACCGCAAAUAAGGGGAAUGAUACGGUCAAAAACAUGAUGGAAGAAGAUGCUGCAAUUACAUCCACAAAUCGAGACACUAUUUCUGAAACUGGUGGCGUUUACAUGGGGGCUGACUCCAGAAAAAGAAUGCCAUCUUCACGCGAGAGCUCACUUGGGUAUGAUGCUGACAAAGGAAAGCAACCUCAUCUAGUGGGAACCUUGUUGGCGUCUAAUGCUCCAAAGAAUCAGGCAACACAAGCUCGUGGUCAACUUACCAAAUCCACUUCUUUCAACAACUCAAAGGUUCCCAAAGUGAAGCAAUUGAACGAAGUUCCUCAGAAGCCCAAAAAUUUGAAGGAAUCUUGGUCUUCAAUCAUUAAAAAGGAAGGGCCAAUCAGUAUGACUACUAAGUCAGCAACCUUCAAAAAGCCUAAACCUUGUGAAGCAGCAAACAAGGCAAAGUCUUCAAUCACACUUGCUGAGGAGCCAAGGGUGGCGAAUCAGCUGAUGAGCCAAAAUGUAACAAAUGAUCAAUGUUCUUCUAUAUUAGGGACUCCCUCCACUACUGCUUCAAUGGUUGCUCCUGUUAUUUCAAAAACUGAUACACUUGCUACAGGAAACAGUGAACUAAAGAAGCCACUUUUAGCAAAAUUGGCUGGAAGUACAAUGCUACCUAAUACUGAAAGAUCCUCGGGUGGUAUUCUUGGCCCAGGUGCUCAGAGAAAAGUAACUCAAAACUCGGAUCCUUCACAUCGGGAUACUAAAACAAAGGAUGUCAUUGGGUUCAAACAGGGUGCUUCUAGCAGUAAUCGUACAAUCCGUUGCCAAAGAUGUAAUGAAGCAGGCCAUUCCACACAAUUUUGUGCCGUUGACAAACUUAGUGUGUCUGCUGUAAAACCUUUGAGCGAGCGAAACUUGAAGGAUGCAUCUGCCAAAAGAAAUAGAAUGUCUGAAACUAGCACAUCAGCAGCUACUGAAAAAGAUGCCUCCAGACCAGGGAAUCAAUCAGAGCAAAUCCUAAAUUGGGGUACUUAUCAGAAUCCAUUAUAUGGGCCUAAAGAUGUUUUACCUGCCUCAUUCAGCCAUGUGAAAAAGCCCUCCCCAUUGUCAGCUCGAGCUAAUGAACAGGAUAUGAAAUAUAUUUUGUCCACCCAAGGGAGCACAGCUUCAGUAGAUUCUAGCAAGCUGAAGUUCAAAGAUGAUCAUCCCACUUUAUCUGCCGCAACAGGAACCUCUGCUGACAAUGGUCGUACUAUGCCAAGUGAUCGAAGGGAUGAAUCUGCUCAAGCCUUUUCAACUGGUGAUGAACCAAUGGCUUCAACUGUCCCAGAGAUGGACUGGAUAUGGCAAGGUGGUUUUGAGCUGCGGAGAACUGGAGAAUCACCUGAGCUAUGUGAUGGUUUCCAAGCCCACUUAUCGUGUUCUGCUUCACAGUCAGUGCUGGAAGUAGCAAAGAAAUUCCCUUCUAAUGUCCAGCUUGAGGAAGUACCUCGGCAGAAUUCAUGGCCAACACAAUUUCAGGAAAAUGGUCCAACAUAUGAAAAUGUUGGUCUUUUCUUCUUUGCUAGAGAUGUUCAGAGCUAUGAAAACCACUACAGUAAAUUAGUUGAAAAUAUGCUGAAGAAUGAUUUAGUUCUCCGAGGAAGUGUUGACGCCGUUGAGUUGCUUAUAUUUCCUUCCAAUAUCCUGUCAAAGAACUUCCAAAGGUGGAAUAUGUUCUAUUUUCUAUGGGGUAUAUUCAGAGUUAGCAGAAAAGAUUGCUCAAACCUUCCAUCUGAUGUAUCGACAACUAAGCUGGAACCUAAUUUUAAUGAGGAUCCCCAGGCUGUGGUUCCCAGUACCUCUGUUUUGUCAUCUAGUCUUUCAUUCUCAAAAAACAGGAAUAGUUUUGCCGAACAGCACACCAUUUUGGUAAAGUCUGCUAAUUGUCUACCCAGUUUGGAAGCCAAUCAUGAGGUGUGUUUGAAUGGAGAGAACUCUGUGAAUCAGCCUGUGAGUGGAAGAGCUAAUGAUGAUCUAGAUUCAACAAAUAGCAAUGGUGCUAUGGGUCCCUCUGCCAUGGCUACAGAAAUAAAAGAACAGAAGCCUGAUGUUAAAAAAUUGGACAGUUUUGGUGGUACUUCUAGUGAAAGAGAUUUUGAUGUGAACACAGUGUCUGUUGCUUGUUCCAUCUCAACCCAUCAGAAAGAACCUGGCAAGGAGGGCACAAUUAUCAACCUUAACGAUGCAGAGGACCCCAUGGAUAUAGACCAUGUAAAUACUGGUGAGAUAACAGGAGCACUAUAUGCACAUGGAUCAGGUGGUGCACGCAAAAGAAAUAUUGAGAUGGCCAAUGGAGGUGCUGAAGUUGAUGGAGUACUCGAGCAUAAGAAAAUCAAAUUGGAUACUGUAGUAUCUACAAACUCUGGUUUAAGUGAGAAUAUCAACAAUGGAAGGUUAUCAUCUAAGGUGCAUCCCUUUGCUGCUUCGUCUGUGGAUGAUGCUAGUACCAAUAAUUCGAUGGCCGGAGCCUCCAGCAGCGAUACAAAGUGCAUAUUUCCUCUAGAUCUAAAUGCAGUGGAUGACACAUUAUCUGAGAACAUUGUAAAUAUUCCAUCUUCAGAUGAUGAAGAGUCACUGGAACCUGUUCCAUCAAAGGUUGGAGAGAAGCAGGCUGGGGAAGAAAACCUGUCAACUGAUAUAACAGGCCCCCUCUCCCUCUCACUUGCAUUUCCAUCAAGGAAGGAACAAGCUAGUAAGCCACAAUCGGGGCCCCAAAGACAGUUUCCUGAGAGGAGCAAUAGGAAUAAUACAUCAUCCAUUUGGGGCCAACAGUGAUGGUGAGUUACCCAAGCAGUCUUGCUCUUUGAAGCAAUCAGAACAUUGAAAUCCCAAAACAGAUGCACUUGCAAUGAUGAGCUCCAAUGAUUUGACUGGGGGAUGAUUCAGUGCAGAAAGAGCCGAGGUUCCCCCCCCCCCCCCCCCCCCCCCCCCAGAAUUUAGAGCUAGAGAUUGGGGCAUCAAAUGAAAUGCCAUGUUUUAAAGAUCUGCAUUGUAAAUCGCAUGCCCGUUUUUGCCCUUAGCUUUUAGUGGUCGACAGUUGAAUGGUACCAAGCGCGAGUAAAAUGCUGGUGUUUUAACUGCUGGUCACAAAAUGAUGGUCCAUUCUGUUCAUUGCUUCUUUUUUU